AUGAAUUUACCCAUUAUGAAACUUGAUGUCUUAGGUUUCUCGGCAGACCCACAAUCACCAAACGGGGGUUUCGGUGGUGAAUUGCAGCCACCAGACGGAGGUAUUGGUGGUGAUCCACAGCCACCAGUUGGAGGUUUUGGUUGCGAAGUACAGCCACCAGUUGAAGGUUUCGGUGGUGAUCCGCAGCCGCCAGUCGGAGGUUUUGGUGGCGAUCCACAGCCACCAGAUGGAGGUUUCGGUGUCGCUCCACAGACACCAGCACCGCCCGAUGGUGAUUUUGCUGGCAAUCCACAGCCACCGGUUGGAGGUUUUGGUGUUGAUCCGCAGCCACCAGUUGGAGGUUUCGGUGUUAAUCCGCAGCCUCCAGACGAAGAUUUCGGUGGUGAACUACAGCCACCAGCCGAAGUCAACGCUGAAACUCCCAUCGGUUGGCUGCAUAUCGUCACCAAAACUUCGUCAGGGGGCUGUGGAUCACCACCGAAACCUCCAUCGGGCGGAUGUGGAUCGCCAGCAAAAUCACCAUCGGGCGGCUGUGGAUCGCCACCGAAAUCUCCGACUGGUGGCUGUGGAUCGACACCAAAACCUCCGACUAGUGGCUGCGGAUCGACACCAAAACCUCCAACUGGUGGCUGUAGUUCACCACCGAUAUCUCCGACUGGUGGCUGUGGAGGGCCAUCAAAACCUCAAACUGCUGGUGGCUGUGGAGCGACACCGAAACCUCCAUCGGGCGGAUUUGGAUCGCCAGAAAAAUUACCAUCGGGCGGCUGUGGAUCACCACCGAAACCUCCGUCUGGUGGCUGUGGAUCGACACCAAAACCUCCGACUAGUGGCUGCGGAUCGACACCAAAACCUCCAACUGGUGGCUGUAGUUCACCACCGAUAUCUCCGACUGGUGGCUGUGGAGGGCCAUCAAAACCUCAAACUGCUGGUGGCUGUGGAGCGACACCGAAACCUCCAUCGGGCGGAUUUGGAUCGCCAGAAAAAUUACCAUCGGGCGGCUGUGGAUCACCACCGAAACCUCCGUCUGGUGGCUGUGGAUCGACACCAAAACCUCCGACUAGUGGCUGCGGAUCGACACCAAAACCUCCAACUGGUGGCUGUAGUUCACCACCGAUAUCUCCGACUGGUGGCUGUGGAGGGCCACCAAAACUUACAUCGGGGGGUUGUGGGUUGCUACCAAAAGUUACGUCUGGAGGCUGUGGAUCGCCACCAAAACCUUCAACUGGAGGAUGUGGAGCGCCACCAAAACUUACAUCUGGAGGCUGUGGAUCGCCACCAAAACUUUCAACUGGAGGAUGUGGAGCGCCACCAAAACUUACAUCUGGAAGCUGUGGAUCGCCACAAAAAGCUCCAACUGAUGGCUGUGGAUUGCCACAAAAACCUUCAACUGGUGGAUGUGGAGCGCCAUUAAAACUUACAUCUGGAGGCUGCGGAUCACCACCAAAACCUCCAACUGGCGGCUGUGGUUCGCAUCCAAAACCACCAACUGGCGGCUGUGGUUCGCAUCAAAAACCACCAUCGGGCGGCUGUGGAUCGCCACCGAAACCUCCAACUGGUGGCUGUGGAGCGACACCGAAACCUCCGGCUGGUGGCUGUGGAUUGUCAGCAAAAUCACAAUCGGGCGGCUGUGGAUCGCCACCGAAACCUCCGGCUGAUAGCUGUAGUUCACCACCGAAAUCUUCGUCUGGAGGCUGCGGAUCAACACCGAAACCCCCAACGGGUGGCUGUGGAUUGCCAGCAAAAUCACCAUCGGGCGGCUGUGGAUCGCCACUGAAAACUCCAACUGAUGGCUGUGGAGCGACACCGAAACCUCCAGCUGGUGGCUGCGGAUCACCACCGAAACUUCCAAGUGGUGGCUGUGGAUCGCCACCGAAACCUCCGACUAGUGGCUGUGGAGCGACACCGAAACCUUCGACUGGUGGGUGUAGUUCUCCACCAAAACCUCCGACUAGUUGCUGCGGAUCGGCACCGAAACCUCAAACUGCUGGUGUCUGUGGAGAGACACCGAAACCUCCAUCUGGUGGCUGUGGAUCGCCACCAAAACCUCGGACCGGCGGCUGCGGAUCACCACCGAAACCUUCAACUGGUGGCUGUACUUCGCAACCAAAACCUCCAACUAGUGGCUGUGGAUCACCACCAAUACCUCCGUCUGGUGGCUGCAAUUCACCUGCGAAACCCCCAUCUG